AUUGGUUGAAAGGGAGCUUCCGGAGGCUCUUCCGGCUUAGACUAGGACGCUACUGAAUGCUGAUAGGACAGUUUGCUGUCAGGCUGCAGGGUCUGCUGGGAGGUGUAGUUUUUCCCAGCCCCGGAUUCUCGGACCAGAGAAGGCUUCUAUGCAGCGGCCGCCGGCGCCAUGUCCCGGGUGCAAGUGCCCUGUCACAUCAAGGGGGCUGUGGCGCUGCAGGUGGGCGACGUGCGGACGGUUCAGGGCCGGCCCGGCGUCCUGGUCAUCGAUGUCACCUUCCCCACUGCCGGGCCCAUUGAGUUACAGGAAAUCACCUUUAAGAAUUAUUACACAGCCUUCUUGAGUAUCCGUGUGCGCCAGCCUGGUUCCCCGAACAAAUGGAUUACCUGUUUACGAGACUACUGUUUAAUGCCCAAUCCACAUAAUGAGGAAGGGGCCCAGGACUAUGUGUCCCUAUACAAGCAUCAGAUGCUGUGUGACAUGGAGAAGGUGCUGGAGCUGCGCCUGAUUCUGCGGCAGCCAUCCCCACUGUGGCUCAACUUCACAUUGGAGGACUUACAGUUUUUUCAGCAUGGACCACAGAGCCCUUCAUCAGCCUUUACCAAGUGGCUCUCCCACCCAGCACCCUAUGAGCAACCAGCUCUCCUCCUUCAGCAAGCCCUCCCUGACCCAGAUAAGGUUUCUUCGGAGGUUCAGCAGAUGUGGAUGCUGACUGAGAUGAUCCGAGCCAACCGAACAACAGCUCGUAUUGGCCGCUUUGAUGUGGAUGGCUGUUAUGACUUGAACCUGCUCUCCUACACGUGAACCCUCAAGGUUGUUUGGCCUCCAGAUUUUGUUCAUGACUGAGAUGAUUAUUUUUUAUUUCUGCUGAGGACCAAGGCCAUCUCAAACAAAAGAGGCUCAGUGUCCAUUGUCUGCUCCCAGAAUAUCAUUCUCCUCUUUGCUUCUAGUUGAAGCUGCUAAGACUUCUUGGUAUUGAUAAACAGCUUGAAUGUAAGCUCUGGGUGGAAACUCUCCCGUCCUCUGGCUUCAGCCUGAACUCUUGAGAUGCCAACUUUCCCUCCUUCCCUGCCUCAGCUUCAUCAUAAAAACUCACCAAUGUUAUUUCUUUAGAAGCAAUGUGUGCAUAGUAUUGACACGGUCUGUUCCUUCUAGCCUUUCCCACCCCUGGAUAGUCACAGUCCUGCCUAUGUAUUGCCUUAAUGGUAACUUGUGUUUUCCUAUUAUUUCUGAUCCUGAGCUCAUUUGGGCUUGGGAUAACUUCAUCCUGCCGUAUGACUAUUGUUCACAUACCUGUCAACAGUAUGAGGUCUUUCAAUCAAGAAAGUAUUUUUAAGAACCUGCUGUGUGUCCCACACUGUGCUAGGUGCUGAAGGAUACAAAGACAGAAGACAAAGACUGCCCACAAAGAGCUUACAUUCUAAUGGAGAAGAUAAUAUGUACAUAUAUAUAGGUACAUUAAAAAAAGACAUAAUUUGAGGUAGUUCUCUACCUCUUACCGGGCUCUGGCCUAAGUCUAAACCUGAACUAAAUGUCUUGAUCUUUGGAAGCUUCAGGAAUCUGUCUUAGUCAUAGGAAACUCCAAAAAGUAGUCAUUAUCUAAAUUACCAUCCAGAGUAAAUAGAAGGCCCCAAGGUGCUUGGGGAGAGAAGCCCCCAUUUCAUUCUUUGAACAGACUACAAUCCCACUCCAUCUCCGGAGAUCCUGCAGGUUGUCAAUUACAAAGCAACAUCUCUUUUCCUAGUUAGAAUGUACAAGCCACAGAUUGGAGGAAAGAGAGGAGAAAACUGGAGCUAGAUGGAUUCUCUUAGGAUAGAUUACUCCCCUCUUCCUCUUUCUUGUUUGUUUCUUCCGGCCCUCUUCCCUCUUUCCCCCUCCCCACUGUGACUUAACCCAGCAGAUGCUGAAUUCAUGCAGAGCCAAGCAGACGCUAUACCUGCUGUAAUUAAAAUUGUGUGUCAUGCCGUCUUGGUACUUUGCUUCUAGAGGGACCAUUUUUGAGUAUUCUACUUAGAAUAGGUAGCCAACUUCCCAAAUGUGAUUAAAUAUAGAUAUAUAGAUAUUGCCCCAUUUGUUCUGGUACCCAGCAAAGUUUAUGACUAAUAAUGCUUCAGUACUUGACAAGAUAUGAAUUAGUCUAUUGAGUUCAGGGACUAAGUUCUGAACAGGUGCUAGCAGCAGAAGGCGUUCCUAUUAAGAAAAUUAUGGGCCACUGUGUGCAUGCAGGUGGGUAGCAGAAACCUGCCAGAUCUCUUUCCUGCUGCAGAAUUGUGGUGGUGCAGCUCCUACUUGGAUAGUGGGCUAAAGACUAGUACUCUGGUACAAAUUUUAAAAUUGGAAGUUUCUGAUAGUGACUAAAGAGUUAAUUGCUUUGGCUAUCAUUCCCCUGUUUGAAUUAAAGUUUUAACUAUUUUCCCCCUAAAUGUCUUCUCCUGACCACAAUCAAAAGUACUGUUUAUAAUCUCUUUAAAAAGCUAAGUUCCUUUACAUUCCACCGAGGCUUAAGUUUCUGAUGGAGAGUAAAGAGUUAAUUGCUUUGGCUAUCAUUCCCCUGUUUGAAUUAAAGUUUAACUAUUUUCCCCCUAAAUGCCUUCUCCUGACCACAAUCAAAAGUACUGCUUGAUCUCUUUAAAAAGCUAAG